AUGCGUCCAGGGUGCCGAGGGCGGAUUUGCCAGAAGACAGACAAGGAGUGGUGGCUGUCAAACACAAGCACGAACGGUGGCAGCUCGACUGCUGUGCGCCCCAAGAUAUCAGAUAGCAACCGUGCCCUUAUGCAAGAGGAAGGAGCACGAGCAGGAGAUCGGCGGAGAGCAGCGGAGACGAUGAACAGGGCAUUUAUCGAAGACGAGAGCACGCACAUGCGCGUCUCGUAUAACACAAAAAUAUCCCAGGUAGGACAGGGCAGCAGGGCAAUUGGAGGCAGGAUGAUGACCGCGUUCGUCUCCGGCUGUCCAGAUGCCGAGCGCCCCGUCAGCUCAACAUCCGCACUAAUUGCCAAUCCAGCAAUCAAUCAAGAACUCCGUAUUCUGCUUUCGCGUGCAAAGCACCAUGGUUCUCCAGUUUCUGCCGCGAAGAGUCAGACGCAAGGUUUUUCUCCAGACAAGCUCGAGUCCAGCGCCUUGAGGCAUAUGUCUUCUGCGAAGUGCACGCCGUACUUCUUAACAGCGUUGUCCUAA